AUGGGUAUCGACGACGCGCUUCCCAGGAAGCUCCGCAGGAAGCUCAGAGAAGACUUUGUGGCCGCUAAUGACGAAUUUGUGCGCGACAUUCCAAAAGUCGAGCUUCAUGUGCAUAUCGAAGGGACCCUGACUCCCGAGCUGAGAUGGAAGCUGGCGCAGAGAAACGGCCUCAAGGUCAAAUUUGGCAAGAGUCCGGAACUACACAGUAUGGAGGAGUUGAGAUAUGCCAUGAACAGCGCGGAACCUAAGACUGAAGAUGAGGAGCGUGAAUACUUCUUCGAGUCAUACUACGGGGCAUUUGAUACAUUAAAGACCAAACAGGAUUACUUCGACCUGGCAAUGAACUACUUCGAGCAUGUUGCGACCAUGAAUGUUCGGUAUUGCGAGGUCUUCUUUGACCCGCAGGGGCACACAAGCCGAGGUAUCGCCUGGGAUGUUAUGAUGGGAGGCUUCAAAGAGGCUCAGAUAAAAGCCAAGAGUGAGCUCGACGUCUGUUCUUCAUGGAUCAUGUGUUUACUACGCGAUCUGUCCACCGAGGACGCAAUGGGUCAUUACAAGGCCGCGCUGCCAUUUCGCGACAUGAUCACCGGCAUUGGACUUGAUUCAAACGAAUACCAUCGACCUCCUUUACUGUUUCAGGAGGUGUUCUCACUGGCUCGACGGGAUGGCUUCCGGAUCACGAUGCAUUGCGAUGUGGGGCAGGACAAUACCCACGAGCAUAUCCGACAAGUCGCUUCCGAGGUUGGCGGAAAUGGGGCUGAUAGAAUCGAUCAUGGCCUCAACGCUGCCGAUAAACCAGAGCUGGUGGAUCUGAUCCUGAAGCGAGACAUAGGCAUGACCAUCUGCCCAUGGGCAUAUAUGCGAUAUCAGACUUACGCCGAGCUCGGACCGAAGAUGCGCCUUCUUUUCGAUGCAGGGAUCAGAAUCACCGUCAACAGUGAUGACCCAGCUUUCAUGGACGACGCUUGGAUUCUGCACAAUCUGUUGCUCACAAAACACUUUGGCUUUACCGACAAGGAAAUCUCUAUGUUAUCCCGAAACGCGGUCACAGUCUCCUGGGCAACACAGUCGACUAAGGAGAAGAUUCUUCAGGAAAUCGAUGAUGUCUAUAAACGCUUCUAUCCAGGUUGA